GCGCUGCGGGGGCUGAGGGGCCGCGGGGCCCGAGGAAGCGGUUGGGCGGAGCCAGCUCCGGGACCGCGGCGACUACACCCCGACCGAGCGCCAGGGCCCGACCGGAGCGAUGUUGUGGUUCCAGGGCGCCAUUCCGGCCGCCAUCGCGUCGGCUAAGAGGAGCGGCGCGGUCUUCGUGGUGUUCGUGGCAGGUGAUGAUGAGCAGUCUACACAGAUGGCUGCAAGUUGGGAAGAUGAGAAAGUGACAGAAGCAUCUUCAAACAGUUUUGUUGCUAUUAAAAUUGAUACCAAAAGUGAAGCCUGCCUGCAAUUUUCACAAAUCUACCCAGUAGUAUGUGUUCCAUCCAGUUUUUUUAUUGGAGACAGUGGAAUUCCCUUGGAAGUAAUAGCAGGAAGUGUUUCUGCAGAUGAGCUGGUUAUGAGAAUUCACAAAGUCCGACAGAUGCAUUCACUAAAAGGUGAAACGUCAGUGGCUAACAGCAGCCAGUCAGAAAACUCAGUCUUUGCUCCAUCUGCCUCUUUUGAACCUAAUAACACUUCUGAAAACUCUCAGUCCAGAAAUGUAGAGCUUUGUGCGACAUUGUCCACUUCUGAUGCAAAGUCGGAUACUGCAGCAGGAGGAGAAAGUUCAGGCCGUGCCACUCCCUCUCAGGAGCCUAGUGGAUGUUCAAAUCAGAGACCUGCAGAGGAUCUCACCGUCAGAGUGGAAAGACUUACAAAAAAACUUGAAGAAAGGAGAGAGGAGAAAAGGAAAGAAGAAGAACAGAGAGAAAUUAAGAAGGAAAUUGAAAGGAGAAAAACUGGAAAAGAAAUGUUGGAUUAUAAAAGAAAACAAGAAGAAGAAUUAACAAAAAGAAUGCUAGAGGAAAGAAACAGAGAAAAGGCAGAAGAUAGAGCAGCUCGAGAACGUAUAAAACAGCAAAUUGCAUUGGACCGUGCUGAGAGAGCAGCUCGAUUCGCAAAGACAAAGGAAGAAGUAGAGGCUGCCAAAGCUGCUGCCUUGCUGGCCAAGCAGGCAGAAAUGGAAGUCAAGAGGGAAUCGUAUGCAAGAGAAAGAAGCACUGUUGCAAGAAUUCAGUUCCGUCUUCCUGAUGGUUCUUCCUUCACAAAUCAGUUUCCUUCUGAUGCUCCUCUAGAAGAAGCAAGGCAAUUUGCUGCACAGACUGUUGGCAACACUUACGGUAAUUUUUCAUUAGCAACCAUGUUUCCCAGGAGAGAAUUUACCAAAGAAGAUUAUAAAAAGAAAUUACUGGAUUUGGAACUUGCCCCAAGUGCUUCAGUAGUACUGUUGCCAGCAGGCAGACCUACUUCAUCCAUUGUACACUCUUCCAGUGGAGACAUUUGGACAUUGCUGGGGACAGUACUUUACCCAUUCCUUGCCAUCUGGAGAUUGAUUAGCAAUUUCUUAUUUAGUAAUCCUCCUGCACAGACUUCAGUACGAACAUCAUUGCCGGAAACUUCAAACCCUGCAUCAUCUAGCAAAUCAGAAAAAAGAGAACCAGUCAGAAAAAGAGUGCUGGAAAAACGUGGGGAAGACUUUAAAAAGGAGGGGAAGAUAUACAGACUGAGGACUCAAGAUGAUGGUGAAGAUGAUAACAACACUUGGAAUGGAAAUUCUACUCAGCAGAUGUAGUGCCACAAGUACAAUACGUGCAAUAAUCAUUCUCUUAACGAUUUAAUGCAACUAAAAUUCUCCUGGAGAAGUGGGACUGCUUAAUGCUUUCCAAAUGGUCUAUAAAGUGUCUUUUUAUUAAUGCUUAGUGGGUGUGGGUUCAAGCUGUUUAACUCAGAAAAGGCAAGACCUAUCAUAACUGGCUGCUGGGUCCUCGCGUCCACGGUAACCCAGUGCAGAAGCCUGGAAGAGAAGGCCUGUGGCAGCCUCCCUUCCCCAGCGUCUUACUCCCCGUGCCCUGCAGGCCUGUGCUCGCAGGUGGCACGUUUGCUCCCAGACUCUUAGGUCCCAGAGUCACUGGGAUGUUACUGAGCAGGUGCCCCUGAGUCAGCAUUCUAACGAGCUAGUCAGGUGAUCAUUUCUGUUUGACUUUUCUCUUUGCUCAUUAGCUGCAAGCAAACUCUUGUAGUUUUUAAACACUGAAUAAAAAAUUCUUUUCCAAAAGUCAGAACGAUCUUAUUUUUGCCUUAAGUUUUGUUUUCCUGGCAUCUGCUGUUGUACAGAGCUCUAUUGAGAUUGUAUGUCUGAUUUUCCGCCCAGUACAGCCCUGGCGCUCUCGGGAAAGUAGCCGGUCGUCUACUCUUCAAUAUCUCUGAAGAAGAAACUCUGUGACACACAUUGAUGCCAGGUACUGUCCCCCCAAGCCAGCAGGCAUCGCUUGCAUGUCGUUAUGGUCUUUGUUCUCAUCCACGCAAACAGUUGCUGGUCCCCCACCUAGUUCUCUCUCUCUUCCUCCUGAAGUCUGGGCCUUGACAAUCACACUGUAAGGUCUUAAAGCACCUCUGGUGCAGGACAAGAAAUAGUGUCAAUCAGGCCUCUACUCAUUGGGUUAUUGUUAAGAAUUUGUCUUAAUCGGACUUACUGCUACUUUAUUCUUGUGUUUUUGGUCGUAGAGACCACUCAAGUAAUGAUGUUUGAAAAGCAGUCAGAGUGGUUAUUCCUGUGUGGAGACUGGAAGGAAUCGCUCUUAUGUGGACAUGCCAGCAGACUCUGGCUUUAUUUUGUAGUGGGAAGAAGAAAUAAGAAUUUUUUUUAGAACAAACUCUGUGUGUUUCACCUAUGAAAUAACAAUGACGUUUAAAGAGGGCAGCAGUCACUGUUGGUAAGGAGGAUGUGAGGCAGGCAUUGGUGUUGGUGCUUUGAAAACCACUCAGAUCUUCCUGAAAACUGUCAUUAUCAGAAACUUCAGCCAUUUCAUAAUCUGAUCCAAUAAUAUUUUUCCAACGAACAAUGAUAAAUACAGCUACAGUUUAGGUACUCAUUAAGUGUAAUUUAUUUUACUUAAGAACUGGAAACUAAACGUUUUCUGCAGAAUGAAUGAAUUUCUGAAGAGAAAUGGUACAAUUCACCCUGUUUAUUGAGCACUUGUUAGGUGUUGGGGGAAAAGAAGCUGGAUACAGAACUAUAGUUCCCAUAAGACCUCAGCUAUGUAAACUGAUUUUGUAUAUAGAUACAACUAUGUAUUAAUAUUUAUGUAAAGAAAGAAGAAAACACAACAAAGCAUUAAUAAUGGUAAGAGUGGUUGUUAUAUGUGAUUUUAGCUUUCCUUUUGCACCCUUACAUUUUCCCAGUUUGCUGCAGUGACAUUAUAUCCAUAAUUUCAAAAGUGAGUUUGGAAAAGAAAAUCUUAGCAAGCAUCCCAUUUUAAAGUUUCAUCAUUUUAAGAACAGCAAUAAGGUGAUUUAAAAAAAAUCUGUCACAUGUGCAUGACUGCACUAAUAGCUAUUAGAAAUACAUUUGCAGAAACAGCAAGUACCUCAAAUCUGUUUGCCUUCAAGACAGUAAAAUAUAAACCUUAGAGAAUGGUUCAUAACAAAAUGGUUCAUUAUCUCUGAGUGGGAGGAUCCCUCCUCAGCUAUUACCUUUUUAAAAAGUAGAUAUGGUAAAAAGUUCAAAUCAGCAUAUAAGGCUGUAACCUGAAGUCUGCCUGCUUGGAUCUUACCCUUGGCACUAUUCCCCAGAGGAAGCCUCUAUUAAUAGUUUCUUAUGUACUUUUCAGAAAAUUUUUAUGCAUAUGUAAGCAAAUAUGUAAUCUUUAUUUUUUAAAUAAAUGGGAUCAUAUUAUAUCUAC